UCCUUCUACACAGCAGUUCAUUCUGUGACAGAGCCUGUGUUUGAGAGAAAGAAGAAGAAUGGAGAAGUCCAGGACAAACCCUGUUGGUUUGCUAGAUAAGGCAGUAGCAGUUGCUAACUCCAUGCAUCGUGAUGAACUGCUCUUUUCUUACAAGGGAAUUCUCUACCCUACUACUGUUUGCAGUCCUGAAAAUUUCAAAGCCUUUGAGUCCUUUGAAGCCAGAAAGGAUGAUGUAAUUUUGGCAGGAUACCCUAAAUCCGGCACAAACUGGCUAAGUCAAAUCUUAACUGACCUGAUAGCCAUAUCUCAAAAGAAAACACCAGGUAGUGAAAGCAGUGUGAAUGCUGAAGAACCAGAAGAAGAAACAUACUUCGAAAUUGGAGAUGCUGGGAAAUAUGAGCGAAUGACCAAAUUACCUUCUCCAAGAUUUAUGGUUACUCAUCUCCGUCCUGAAAAUCUUCCCAAAUCUAUCUUCAAAACAAAUGCCAAGAUAUUGUUACUGAUUCGUAAUCCAAAAGAUGUUGCUACAUCUUAUUACCAUUUUUCCAAUGCCCUGGCACUUCUUCCCUCCUAUGAGACCUGGGAUGAUUUCUUCACAGAUUUCAUGACAAAGAAAAUGGCUUGGGGAAGCUAUUUUGAAUACCUUUCUGAAUGGAACAAAUAUGCUGACAAAGAAAAUAUUAUGACAAUUACUUAUGAAGAAGUAAAAGAGAAUCCUGCCCUGAGUGUGAAAAACAUAGCCACGUUCUUUGGAAUUCCUCUGACUGAGGAACAGCUCCAGCUGGUGGUAGAGAGGAGCAGCUUCCAGUCCAUGAAGAAAAACUCAGACAAGACCCAUGGGUCAUUUGGCAAUAUUUUCUUUCGCAAAGGUGGUGUAAGUGACUGGAAGAAUCUUUUCACUGAAGAUCAGAAUGAGAAAAUGGACAGAGCAUUUGAAGAACAUAUAGCAGGAACGAAACUUGGGAAAAAGUUGAAGUAUGACUUGUACUGCAAAGCCUGAAGACAAAUGAAAUAUGGUUAGAAUAAGAACUUUGCAAGGCAGACUCAGACCAUCUGAAUUCUAUACACUGGAAACCUAGAUCAAAGGAUUCAAGCACCUUAAAAUUGCUGUAAGAGUCAUUGCAGCAGCCCUUACAGUGACAGUGGCGAGCCUUUUGUUUUAGUGUGAGACUUCACGCUACACUCAUUUGCUGAAGAAGAUGGCAACUAAUUAUAUUUACAAAAUCUUAAUAGCCCUGUUCAGGCUGUCACCUGGAAGGAAAUGCCUCUUUUCUUUCCAGAGAAAUUCUAUCUUUAUAGAUGAUUUCUAAUUAUUUAAUAUGCAGAUUAUUUUUUCUUCAAAAAUGUUUCCAAUCAGUCAACAUCUUCACAGAAAAUAUCACUGGCCAAAACAGGGAUUUGACAGAAGUCUAAUGUCAAAGGAGAUCCUCCAUGAAUUCAGCACAAAAUAAACCAAAGCUAGAGAAAGCUGAAUGAAGGGGAAUAUGGAUCCGCAUUUUUAAGGCUCCUCAUCUCUCUGAAUGUAAAAUACCAAGAUGGAUUUCAGAUUAUGGGCUGAAGUUAACAGCCAAGAGUCACUUGGAAGCACUCUUUUCUAUAGGAUCAUAGAGCAGCUUGGGUUGGAAGAGACCUUGAAAAAUCAUCUGGUACGACCUUUCAUGGGAAAGGGAGCCUGGGUGAGAUUCUAUCUAGAUAUCAUGCCUUGAAAACCUCCAGUGAUGAGGAUUCUACCUCAUUUCUGUAGGCAUUGUUCCAGCAAAUGGUUGUUCUUGCUGUAAAGAAUUUACUUCAUUUAUCAAGAUUAAACAUCCCCUAUUGAAACUUGACCUCACUGCCUCCUUUCCUCUCCAUGUGGUGUCUGGUGAAUAGGGAGCCUUUAUCUUCUUUGUAGCUGCCC